UACCAGGUGGGGCAGCUGUACUCCGUGGCCGAGGCCAGCAAGAACGAAACCGGCGGGGGCGAAGGGGUGGAAGUGCUGGUGAACGAGCCCUACGAGCGAGACGGGGAGCGGGGGCAAUACACGCACAAGAUAUACCACCUGCAGAGCAAAGUCCCUCCCUUCGUCAGGAUGCUGGCCCCCGAGGGGGCCCUGGACAUUCACGAGAAGGCCUGGAACGCCUACCCUUUCUGCCGGACCGUUAUAACAAACGAGUACAUGAAGGAUGACUUCCUGAUCAAAAUUGAAACCUGGCACAAAGCCGAUAUGGGCAUGCAGGAGAAUGUCCAUAAACUGGAUCCUGAGGAGUGGAAGAACGUGGAGGCCGUUUACAUAGACAUUGGGGACCGGAGCCAUGUGCUUUCCAGGGACUACAAGCCAGAAGAAGACCCAGCAAAAUUUAAAUCGGUCAAGACUGGCCGUGGCCCUCUGGGCCCCAACUGGAAGAAGGAGCUGGGCAACCAGUCCGAAUGCCCGUACAUGUGUGCUUACAAGCUGGUCACGGUCAAGUUCAAGUGGUGGGGCCUUCAAAACAAAAUUGAGAACUUUAUCCAGAAGCAAGAGAGGCGGCUUUUUACGAAUUUCCACCGGCAGCUUUUCUGCUGGCUUGACAGAUGGGUUGGCCUGACAAUGGAGGACAUUCGCCGGAUGGAGUACGAGACAAAGAGGCAGCUGGAUGAGAUGAGAGAGAGGGACCCUCUGAAGGGCAUGUCGGCUGCAGACGAGUAGCGUGGAUUCCUUGACCCCAUGUUUACGAGAGAGUCUCCGCGAAGGCCCAGGAACUCCACCCUCUUGACCAGCGGACCGUCUCCGGACAUUCGAGCCCUCUUCCUCCAGUCCGCCGGCAACCUCUGCCCCCCUUGCUAAUUCUAGUUGCCCUUAACCUAGUGAGCAAAUCCUUUGGUCCUGAGCGCCUGGGCGGCAGUGCCCGGGGAAGAGGCGGCCCUUCAGGACAGCUGCUUCCGUGACCACCACCCCCUUUGCCCCCCCAGGGAGGGGCAGACACCGGUUCUCAUGUGACUCUUUGAUUUCCAAGUGGCAGGUUUUGUUGAAGUCGUUUCGUGAUGUAAUGAUUUAAGAGUUCCUCGGUCCCUGUCUUUUUUCCCCCUCUUCCGAAUCCUGGGAUGGCGCUGCACUUGUGGAGACGGGAGUUCAGCGCCACCAAUGCUGGGAUCCGGAAGCCUUUUUUCUCUGUAAAGAAUAUUCUUGUCUUGGGUGCAUCUCUGGGCCCCUCGGCCUAGGCGUGGCUGCCGGCACACGGUUUCCCCAAUCCCCUGUGGUCUCCUCUCCUUACCCCCCACCCCCUCCCCCGGCCUGAGGCCGCCACUGCUGCUUCUUUGGGGCUGUGCGUCCUGGAGCUCAGGAACAACAGUGGAAGCCCCUCUCCACUCUGAGAGUGGGGAGGGUCUCACUCGUCUGACCAAACCGCAUUCAGCUCUUCUCUUCCAGGGUUGCCUGAAUUGGGGCUUGUGCUUCUGGAGAAGGUCCCCGAGCCCCAACUCCCCUUCAGGCAGUCGCAUGAGCAAGGAGGAGGGAAUGCCCACCAGUGGGGGGAUCUCUGCCUCCCCCUCCGCAGCAAUGUCGGGCGGGUGGGGAGGUUAGAGUGGGCUUUGGGGAAGACAGGGGCUCCCCCCCCCCAUCACCAUUCCUUGCCAGCCGAUUCGUUUCUUGCCUUAAGUGCAAUAAGCAAGCCUGUUCUGCUGUGGCGAAAGGGCCUCCCUGGGCAGGGCCCCCGUGGCUUUGUGUUGAGCCGAGAGGGCUUUUCAGGAAGUUGGCGCUUCCUGGGCUCAGGAGGCAGAAUUAAAGCGGGGCUGGAAUGUCCCCGGCCAGCCAGGUCAAGCCCUCUGGGAUCCGGCUGUGUCCCACCAGUCCUCCCUCUCCUCUGAGGCACAAGGGCGCCCAGUAAUCCCCUCUCCCCCAAAACCCAGGGAACUACAACACAGGGAAUUAUUGUGUGGCUAAGAGGAUCUGCUCAAACACGGUACUGUUCCCACUCCUGCUUAAAAGAUUUGGGCUUAACUCUGAGGCGGGUGGCAGUGGAUCUCGGAACAGAUGGUGACAUUUUGAGGAUGGGGGAGAGAAUUAAAGCGACUCUAUUAGGAAAAGACAGGAAUUCUUAUGAAAACAUAACUUCCUUGCUUAGCAGCAAGACAAGUGCAGAAACACCCCUCCCCCCAAUGUCCUGCAUUGGAGUUGACCCAGUGCGCCCCGCUGCAGCUGAGGCUCCUGUAGAGCCCCCUGUUCCCCAUUGGCAGUGGUGACUGCUCCCCCCCCCCUUUGUUUCCUGCCAAGGAGAGCGAGUGGUGACGGAGGGCAAUGCAGCUGCUCCCGUGUGUUCCUGGACCCUGAAAGGGGCUUGUGGCAGGAGCUUCGAGCCAAGGGCAGAGACACACAGAGCAGGUUUCGCUUGCUUUGCGUUGUGACGGUCAACAGGCCCCCCUCCCCCUUUCAGCAUGCUCGAUUUCCUCUGUUUCUUUUCUGCUGAACCUGCAAGGACUCCCUGACUGGUCCAGCUGGGUUCCCUGUGCUAUUUCUUUCUCCGGCAUCCGCUCUGUAGGAUAGGUUAGAUGAUCUCCAUUGUUCCUUUACUGUGAGUUGUGCCUUUUUUGGUCUCCCAAUCUUCCAAUACAGGCCUAUUGGAAAUAACUCUUAAUAAAAUCAUAGACAGAAGAUCACC